CAGAAAAUGAAUGCCUCCUCCUGCUGUGAUCCUCCAGUCAUCAUGUAUCAGCAGAGUUCAGGAUUUGACCUUAAUGCCAGCUGUGACUGGCUGGCUCCUCACUGUAACUGGACUUCAGUGGACAGAGCGCCACAGCUGCCUACCUUUUCUACAGCAGCCAAAGUCAGAGUGAUCAUCACCUUCAUCCUGUGUGGCAUUUCCACUCUCUGCAAUUUGGCUGUGCUGUGGGCAGCCAGCGGCCACAAACGCAAAUCCCAUGUCCGUGUGCUGAUAAUUAACUUGACUGCAGCCGAUCUCUUGGUUACCUUCAUCGUGAUGCCCGUGGACGCAGUGUGGAACAUCACAGUGCAGUGGCUGGCCGGCGACCUGGCCUGCAGAUUCCUGAUGUUCCUCAAGCUACAGGCCAUGUACUCCUGUGCAUUUGUAACAGUGGUGAUUAGUCUGGACAGACAGUCGGCUAUCCUCAACCCUCUGGCCAUCAGCAUGGCCCCAAAAAGGAGCAGGGUCAUGCUGAUGGUGGCGUGGACUAUGAGCACCUUGUUCUCAAUCCCUCAGAUGUUCAUUUUCCAUAAUGUGUCCAUCACUUAUCCAGCAAACUUUACUCAGUGCACCACUAGAGGGAGCUUUGUCACUCACUGGCAGGAAACCGCUUACAACAUGUUCACCUUCUCCUGCCUCUUCCUGCUGCCGCUGGUCAUAAUGAUUGUCUGCUACACCAGAAUCUUCAUCCAGAUCUCCAAACGGAUGACAAAAAAGACCCUGUCUUCCAAUGAGCUACAUCUCCGUUGCUCAAAGAACAACAUCCCCAAAGCAAGAAUGAGAACUCUGAAAAUGAGUAUCGUGAUCGUGAUCUGCUUCAUAGUCUGCUGGACUCCGUACUACCUGUUGGGUUUGUGGUACUGGUUCUUCCCAGAUGACCUGGAGGGGAAAGUCUCUCACUCCCUCACCCACAUCCUGUUCAUCUUUGGGCUUUUCAACGCCUGCCUCGACCCCAUCAUCUACGGCCUGUUCACCAUACGCUUCCGCAAGGGGCUGAGGAUCUGCUACCGUAAAGCCACAGUGAAGUCGGACCUGGAAACUAACACGGUGAUAACAGAGCCUUUGAAAUGUACUCCCACUGCUUUGCCCUCUAAAAGAGGGAUGACCACUGUUGAAAAGGACACCGACUGUGGACAUACUGAGCCAAAAUCCUCUGACAACAGUGGAGGAGAAGGAGGACAAACUUGCCAUUCCAGCACUGAGAGCACAAUGUGA